GGCUAAUCUAUUGAGAAUAACCAAUCGGUUUAAACGUCCAACCUCGAUUAGCUUACAAUGAUCCCCUUCUGGGUACCUUCUUCUAAGCCUUUUCCUCGUUUUUCCAUAGAGGCAGGAUACGAUGACAACAAUAACAAAAUUUAUGUUGGGCGUGCCAAGCAUUUGGACAAAUUAAUACCAGCAUCGGUUUACAAGAGCAUAGAUUAUGGAAUUGUGACAUGGGAUGGAUCUGCCCAUGGAAAAAUCGAAUACGAGUACCUUGUAGGUGUCGACUAUGCUUGGCAACAAUGCCAAGACGGUGAGGUACCCGACAACGCAGUGAGAACUGGCAGAACCAUGAAACGAAGAAGGGAGGACAAAAGUUUGGAAAGGGAAUGGCUCUAUGUUGGAAGAGCCCAAUACGAAGGCACUCUAAUGGUGGGUACAAUACAGCCCUCUGAAAAAUGUAUAUACAUACCACAUAAGCGUAAAGAGAUAAAACUACAAAGUUAUGAGGUUUUAUACCUAAGAAAGUUUGAUAAUUGGAAGUUAAUGGCCACCAAUGCUGAUAUUUUUCCCGAUGCUGUUGAGGUGGGCGAGGAUAGGGAUUAUAGUAAAAUGUAUGUGGCUCGUUGGUUUUUUCAGGAGCUUAUGUACCCCGUCAAGUUUAUUCCCGACCGGGAAGAAGCUAUAAUUUGCCAGGAUGGUCCCGAACACAAAGUCACAAUGGUCCAUGUCUUGCGUGGCGAUAACUACAUUUGGCAGAAGGCAACAUCUGAAGAUGUUUAUGACAAAGCUGUAUAUACGGGUUACACAAUGGAUGGCGACAUUCUAUUUGUCGGUAGGGGCUACCACGAUGAUGUGCUGUGUGUGGGGCUUGUAUCAUUGGCACACAAAGCUUUGAUUGCACCAUAUGGUGGUAAGGUGAUCGGCAUUGAAGAUUUUGAAGUUUUGAUACGAAUAUAAGUAAUUGCAUACAUUUAUCGGGGUGAAAUACUGGCACUACCAAUUUAUCCCCAAUGAUAUAAACCCCAAAGCGAAAAUGAAAUAACCCCUAA